AUGGCUGAUAAUGACGAGAAGGCAUCAGAUAUGAAGUUGCCGAUGCUGAAGACAGGCUCGGAAAGUCAGACGAUCGACCCCAGUUGUGGUGCGAAGCAGGACGAGUUGCAUGUGAAGCAGAUGGUGAUUCGCUCAGUGAGUGGGUGGCGUCACCUCUCCAGGGUGCCAGGAACCCGGUUUAUCUACGGAGAACUACAAAUCUCCCUCACGUAUAUCCCGCAUGAGACCAAGAUCAUCCUAGAAGUAAGCAAUCAGAAAAAAAAUUUGUACAAGAUAUGUGUAGCAUGA